CGCAUAAGGCCUUUUUAAUCUACCCUUUCUUUCUCUCUUUUUAUUUUUUCUGUCGAGAUUAAAAUAACAAUGCACACAACAGAAGAGCACAUUACCGCAGUGAAACAGAGAGAAUGGCUUCUGCAUUCCGUUAUCCCACCAAUGUUGAAAAAACUAUUGUCACAACUGGAGAAAAGUCAAGAUAUCUUGACGAGUCAAACUAAAAUCGAUUCGUUACCUAUUACACAAAAUGAUACUAUCAAAGGGGUUAUUACGUUAACUGGAUCACAUAUCACGAAGGCUGAGCUUCAAAUCAAAUUACCAAAUUAUCAAGAUACGCCCAUAAAAGCUACUAUCGUUAACACGACACCUUAUUUCCUUGAACAAGCACAACAAGCAACAAAUUAUAUAUCACUGGCGAUUAAUGAAAUAAGGACUUUUAUAAGGCCGUCUUAUAAACAAGCUACGAUCGAACUACUGGAAGCCAUGUAUCAAUACGUAGACCGUGCACUUCAUGCAUUUGAUUAUCCGAACGAGGCUUCAUUGUUCCCUUAUAAAGUGUGCCAUCCAAAAUUUUUCAGCCCAUCUCUAAAACAAGAUAUUGCGAUUGAAUUUUGUAUACAUGAUGUUUUUAUUACAUGUAACGUGUAUGCAUUAGAUUAUAACUACAUUAAGCAUGGAAUUAAAGUCGAUAGCCAACAUGCAGUAGUAACAUACAAGGAUAAGCAAGUGAUGAUUUUAGAUGAAGUUAGAACACAAACCCAGUCACCUACUUUGACUGAACUAAAAAGCUUAUUGAAGUUAAUUCUGGAAUGGUGUCAAACUUAUAAGCAGAUGUUACUUCAAAUCGAAGCUUAGCAGAAUUAUCUGUUGGUAUAUUACAUAUUUAACUCCUUAAAUAAAAUAUUUCAUUCCGUCACUUCACAC